CGCGUCAUCAUUAUAGGAAGUCGGAUGAUGACACGUCGAGAUCCAAAGUCUCAUGACUUAAUAAGGUGUUUGCAGUGUCCACGAUGACUGAGGUGAGCCAUCAGCAGUGGGGAGAGGUGUCCAGCCAGGGCAGUGUGGACCUGUGGGUCCUCCAGUCCUCCCAGGUGCGGGUGGAGGUCCUCACCCUGGGUGCCAUCAUCAGGUCUGUGUCCAGCAGGAGGAAGGAUGGUCAGAUGGAGGACAUAGUCUUGGGCUACGACAACCUGGAAGGUUAUGUGUCAGAUAAGCGGUACCUGGGAGCUGUGGUGGGCCGUGUGGCCAACAGGAUCGCACGGGGGCGCUUCGUCGUGGAGGGAAAAGAGUUCCAGCUAGAUAUCAACAACGGGCCUAACGCACUGCAUGGAGGGCUGCGGGGCUUCAACAAGGCUGUCUGGCUUGCUACAGCAGUGGGAGGUGGUGUACAACUGAGUCUUACCAGUCCGGAUGGAGACCAAGGUUAUCCUGGAGAGGUUCAGGUCUCUGUCACCUACACCCUACAGGGGGAAACACUUACUGCUGAAUACCAAGCCAGGUCGACCAAAACCACCCCCAUCAACCUGACCAACCACUCCUACUUCAACCUGGCUGGACAGGGUGCAGCAGAUAUCUUUGACCAUCAUGUGUCCAUCAGUGCUCAGUCCUACCUGCCUGUGGAUGACACAUCGAUUCCUACAGGAGAGAUCAGAGCAGUAGAGGGCACGCCCUUUGACCUCAGAAAGCCUGUUCUGAUUGGCUCUCGGCUGAAGGAAGUUCCAGGCCCAGGGUUUGACCACAACUUCUGUCUGUCAUCCCCUGGAGACGGCUGGACAGAGAGACACGCUGCCAGAGUGUGUCACCCAGCCAGUGGGCGUGUCCUGGAAGUUUCUACCAGCCAACCAGGAGUCCAGUUCUACACCGCCAACUUCCUGGAUGGCUCCAUCGCAGGAAAGGGCGGGGCUAGGUAUGGGAAGCACAGCUCCUUCUGCCUGGAGACACAGAAUUGGCCUGACGCUGUCAACCAGGUUUCAUUUCCUGACUGUCUCCUGCGCCCCGGUGAGAACUACCAACAUGUCACUCACUUCACCUUCACCACGGUGUGAUCUGACCUCGACCUGCAGGGGGAUACACAAGAAGAAAACUGGGUGUCUUGAAAUAGAAAGUGAAGUCCAGUAAUUCAUUGUACUUUUUCAGGGCAAUCUUAGUUCCUGUCUGUGUAACUGUAAUUCAAUGCUGAUUAUUUUUGAAUGUGAAGAACUUUCUCAGUGCUGUGACGGGUUUUCCAGGCAGAUUGAUGGCAGCCUGUGCAGGUUUGGUGUGGGGCAAUGACAUGAUGCUCUCAUGGUGAUGAUCUGUGAUGUGAUGAUCCGGUGCCAUAUUUCUUACAUUAAACCAAAAAGUCAUAAAGAGCCUCCUCAUUCAAGCUGGUAACUGCCAUUUCGUCCCCUUCUACCUGAAAUUUUUGUUGAGGUGUUUUUUAAGUCGUAUUUAUUUUUGGACCUCUUAAUGAGGAAACAAAAAGGUUAU